AUGUGCCUUUUGUUUUGUGUGCCUGCGUGUACGUUUUUAGGUAAACAAGAAGCUAAAGCAUAUUCAAAGGAUUUAUCGACCUAUUGUGGAAGAUUACUUGAGGAAACAGAAGAUGAGUUGGCAGAAUUGAUAAAGAAAGGAUCUGUAAGAGGAGGAGAUGUAAGCAAGGUCUUAUGUCAAGAUCUGAGUGCACACUGUAGCAGGACAAGUGCAUCGCAUCAGGGAAAUGGAUAUGGUAAUGGAUCCGACGGAGAGCUCUGA